CUGACAUCGUCUAAAGAAGGAAAAUUUGGCAAAUGACAUGCAGGUUCUUCAAGGAAGAAUAAUAGCAGAAAAUCUCCAAAGGACCCCAGCUGCAGAUGUUCUGAAUACCUCUGAGUAUAGAAACUGAUUAUUCAACCAGGAUACCUAAUUCAAGACCUCCAGAAAUCAAGAGACAUAUUGUCAGUUUGCGACAUUGGACCAAAUACCAUGAAGUAUUCUUGCUGCGCUCUGGUUUUGGCUGUCCUGGGCACAGAAUUGCUGGGGAGCCUCUGUUCGACUGUCAGAUCCCCGAGGUUCCGAGGACGGAUACAGCAGGAACGAAAAAACAUCCGACCCAACAUUAUUCUUGUGCUCACUGAUGACCAAGAUGUGGAGCUGGGGUCCCUGCAAGUCAUGAACAAAACGAGAAGGAUUAUGGAACGCGGUGGGGCCACCUUUACCAAUGCCUUUGUGACCACACCCAUGUGCUGCCCGUCCCGGUCCUCCAUGCUCACCGGCAAGUAUGUGCACAACCACAACGUCUACACCAACAAUGAGAACUGCUCCUCACCCUCGUGGCAGGCAAUGCAUGAGCUUCGGACUUUUGCUGUGUAUCUUAACAACACUGGCUACAGAACAGCCUUUUUUGGAAAAUACCUCAAUGAAUAUAAUGGCAGCUACAUCCCUCCCGGGUGGCGAGAAUGGCUUGGAUUAAUCAAGAAUUCUCGUUUCUAUAAUUACACUGUUUGUCGCAAUGGCAUCAAAGAAAAGCAUGGAUUUGAUUAUGCAAAGGACUACUUCACAGACUUAAUCACUAACGAGAGCAUUAAUUACUUCAAAAUGUCUAAGAGAAUGUAUCCCCAUAGGCCCAUUAUGAUGGUGAUCAGCCACGCUGCACCCCACGGCCCCGAGGACUCAGCCCCACAGUUCUCAAAACUGUACCCCAACGCUUCCCAACACAUAACUCCUAGUUAUAACUAUGCACCAAAUAUGGAUAAACACUGGAUUAUGCAGUACACAGGACCAAUGCUGCCCAUCCACAUGGAAUUUACAAACGUCCUACAGCGCAAAAGGCUCCAGACUUUGAUGUCAGUGGAUGAUUCUGUGGAAAGGCUGUAUAACAUGCUUGUGGAGACGGGGGAGCUGGAGAACACUUACAUCAUUUACACUGCAGACCACGGUUACCACAUUGGGCAGUUUGGACUGGUCAAGGGGAAAUCCAUGCCAUAUGACUUUGAUAUUCGAGUGCCUUUCUUUAUUCGUGGUCCAAGUGUAGAGCCAGGAUCAAUAGUCCCACAGAUCGUUCUCAACAUUGACCUGGCCCCUACGAUCCUGGAUAUCGCUGGGCUUGACACGCCUCCCGAUGUGGACGGCAAAUCUGUCCUCAAACUUCUGGACCUGGAAAAGCCAGGUAACAGGUUUCGAACAAGCAAGAAGGCCAAAAUUUGGCGUGAUACAUUCCUAGUGGAAAGAGGCAAAUUUCUACGUAAGAAGGAGGAAUCCAGCAAGAAUAUCCAACAGUCAAAUCACCUGCCCAAAUAUGAGAGGGUCAAAGAACUAUGCCAGCAGGCCCGGUACCAGACAGCCUGUGAGCAACCUGGGCAGAAGUGGCAGUGCAUUGAGGAUACAUCUGGCAAGCUUCGAAUUCACAAGUGUAAAGGACCCAGUGACCUGCUCACGGUCCGGCAGAGCACGCGGAACCUCUACUCUCACGGCUUCCAUGACAAGGACAAAGAGUGCAAUUGUAGGGAGUCUGGUUACCGCGCCAGCAGAAGCCAGAGGAAGAGUCAAAGACAGUUCCUGAGAAACCAGGGGACUCCAAAGUACAAGCCCAGAUUUGUUCAUACCCGGCAGACACGUUCCUUGUCAGUAGAAUUUGAAGGUGAAAUAUAUGACAUAAAUCUGGAAGAGGAAGAACUACAAAUGUUGCAACCAAGGAACCUUGCCAAGCGUCAUGAUGAAGGCCACAAGGGGCCAGGAGGUCACCAGGCUGCCAGUGGUGGCAUUGGGGAUGGGAUGCUGGCAGAGAGCAGAAAUGCCGUGGGCCCGCCUACCACUGUCCGAGUGACACACAAGUGUUUUAUUCUUCCAAAUGAUACAAUCCAUUGUGAGAGAGAACUGUAUCAAUCAGCCAGAGCCUGGAAGGACCAUAAGGCAUACAUUGAUAAAGAGAUUGAAGCUCUGCAAGAUAAAAUUAAGAAUUUAAGAGAAGUGAGAGGACAUCUAAAGAGAAGAAAGCCUGAGGAAUGUGGCUGUAGUAAACAGAGCUAUUAUAAUAAAGAGAAAGGUACAAAAAAGCAAGAGAAAUUAAAGAGCCAUCUUCACCCAUUCAAGGAGGCCGCUCAGGAAGUAGACAGCAAAUUGCAGCUCUUCAAGGAGACCCGCAGGAGGAGGAAGGAGAGAAAGGAAAAGAGGCGGCAGAGGAAGGGCGAGGCGUGCAGCCUGCCCGGACUCACCUGCUUCACUCACGACAACAACCACUGGCAGACGGCCCCGUUCUGGAACCUGGGAUCUUUCUGUGCUUGCACGAGUUCUAACAAUAACACUUACUGGUGUUUGCGUACAGUUAAUGAGACGCAUAAUUUUCUUUUCUGCGAGUUUGCUACUGGCUUUUUGGAGUAUUUUGAUAUGAAUACAGAUCCUUAUCAGCUCACAAAUACCGUGCACACGGUAGAACGGGGCAUUUUGAAUCAGCUACACGUACAACUGAUGGAGCUCAGAAGCUGUCAAGGGUAUAAGCAGUGCAACCCAAGACCUAAGGGCCUGGAAGUUGAGGACAGUUAUGGGAUGGAUGGGAAGGUUAAUUGGCCCAGUCUCACUGCAGACAUCAACUGGCAAGGCCUGCAGGAUUUAUACAGUGUGAAUGAAAGCAUCUACGAGUACAGACAAAACUACAGACUUAGUCUGGUUGACUGGACUAAUUACUUGAAGGAUGUAGAUAGAGUAUUUGCACUGCUGAACAGUCACUAUGAGCAAAAUAAAACAAAUAAGACUAAAACUGCUCAACGUGAUGGGUUCUCGGAUAUCUCUGCAGUGCCCUCUGUGCCAAUAGAGAUGGCCUCUGCUGAGUCAGAUGAAGACCCAAGUCAUAUGGUUGGGGAAGCACCUCAGUUGGCCUUGCCAGCUGACCUUCAAACCCUGCAUUUGAACCGACCAACAUUAAGCCCAGAGAAUAAACUUGAAUGGAAUAAUGACAUUCCAGAGGUUAAUCAUUUGAAUUCUGAACACUGGAGGAAUGGUAAAACUGAAAAGUGGAUGGCGCAUGAAGAGAUAAAUCACAUUGAAAGCGAUUUCAGUGGCAAUGGCAUGACAGAGCUGGUGUUCCAGCCCCACCCCAGGCUGCAGCCUGCUAGCAGGCAUCAGAAAGAACUCCCCCAGGACGGAAGUCCAGGAGAGGAUGUGUUUGAAGAUCAGCUGUACCUUCCUGUGCAUCCUGAUGGUGCCCCUGUUCAUCAGACGUUCAAUGUGUCCACCGUGGAGCCACCUAUUAAUUCCAGCAUAGUGACGAGGAUGUUGCCCAAGGAAGAGAAUCACAGAAUGGAGGACUUAUGGCAUCUAGAAGGCAGUGCCUCCUCUCCGCUCUCCUCUGAUUAGAUGAGAUUUUUACCUUACCCUAAACACAGUAUUUCUUUUUAACUUUUAUUUGUAAACUAAUAAGGGCAAUCAUAGCUACCAACAUUCUGAGCUCCCCUGGGUGCAUUUGUGCAGUGGAAGUCAGCGUGCGUGUGAGCACGCGAUGUGCACACAGGGCCUCAUUGCUGUGGUGCGCUCUUUACCAAGAGUAGAAAGAAAGGUUGGGAACUUCUGGGUGUUCUGGUUUUUGUUUUUUGUUUGUUUGGUACUAAAACAGUAUUAUCUUUUGAACAUUGUAAGGACAUGCAUAUAUAAAUGUUGUCCAAUCAAGAUGGCUAGAAUUGUGCCUUUCUAAGUUUCUAAAACCUGACAUCCUCGGUGAAUCUUUCAACACACGUCUAUUGCCUGCGUGCGUAUGACAUUUUGAUUCAUUUUUAAUCACUGGAAUUUUUCAAUGCUGUCAUUUUUAUUUCAAUGAUUUUGCACUUUGAGGUUAAAAUGCCAUAUCGACUUGGUUAGUCUUAUUUUUUAUUGUUACAGGCUUAUCACAGUCUCACUGUUCACUCUCAGUGUGACAGAGUCAAACAGACCCUCAAGGACGACACACAGUAUGGAUCACAUAUUGUUGAUCAUAUGCUUUGCCAGAAAAUACUGCAUGUGUUUUACCUCGACUUGCUAAAAUUGAUUAGCAGAAAGGCAUGGCUGAUAAUGUUGGUGGUAAAAAUAAAUAAACAAAACAAAGAUUGCCUGCUCUCCCUGUGCCUACCUUCAAGAUGUUCAUCAUAUGCUUAAGACUGCUAAAUUUUGGUUAUUUUCUUGACAGGAGGAAAAGGACUGAAGACCUUUUAUUUUCAUCUUUGUUUUGUUUUCUUGGCCCAGUUAGUAAUAAGCUUAAGUGCUGAGAAAAUAUAUUUAGUUUUGGAUUUAUAUGAGGAACUUUUUUCAGUGAAAUAUCAUGAA